GGGGCCACAGGGCCCAGAGGCUGCCCUGCUUCCUCCUUGUCCUGUGGCCGGAUAGCUCAGCUCGGGCUGAGGGGCCAGCAUGUCCCCCACGGUCGCCUCUCUGCUCUGCCUUGGGCUGUGCCUGGGCCAGAAGAUCCCAUCUGCAGAGGGGGAGCUCUUCCGAUCUUCCAUUAGGGCUGUGCCCGGCUCUGUGGUCUCCCUGGGAGCAGGAGUAAGCCUCUAUUGUCAGGGCCCACAGGGAAACAACAGUUUUCAGCUUUGGAAGGAUGAAAACUUCAUACUUCAGAUAAAUACCAGCAGAGGGGAGGCUGAGUUCCCCUUACGAGUUGAAGGAACUAAUGCCAUCGGCCACUACCGCUGUCGCUACUGGCAGGGGCCCCACUGGUCAGAGUUCAGUGCCCCUCUGCAGCUGCUGGUGACAGGAUUUUUCUCUAAACCAUCUUUUCUGGUCCGACCGGGCACCUUGGUAGCCACAGGGGAGACAGUGACCCUCACCUGCCAGAUUUCACUACCAAGUGGCAUUCAAAAAUUGACCUUCUUCCUGCUGAAGGCUGGGGUACCCGACCCCUUACAGUCUCAGAGCACAAAGGGGCAUGUGGCCAACUUUACUCUCCCAUCUGUGAAGGCUGAGGAUGCUGGGAACUACAGCUGCAUUUACUCAGAGGAGGAGGGCAGGAGGAGAGCCUCAGUUCCCAGUGAGCUCCUAAGACUGGAGGUGACAGAUGAAAAGGACACACAUCCUAAAAGAGAAGAUGAAAAGGACACACAUCCUAAAAGAGAAGAUGAAAAGAAUGCACAUUCUCAAGAAAAAGACUCCAGAACUAUCAUCAUUGUUACUGUCAGCUGUGUCUCCUCCAUCUUCAUCCUCCUCUGUGUCCUUUUUUGCCACCGUCAUACCCGACACAAAAGCUCACAUGGAGGCACUCCCCAGAGCCCUUCCAACAGCACGGGUAUCUCUCAGUCUGUCGGCCUCACCUCCCUCCCUACAGAGAAGAUAAUAUAUGAAGAUGUAUCCAAGGGGAGACAGAUAGAGAUGCAGGCCUCAGAAUCUGAAGAUCCCCAUGGAGUGACAUACUCUCAACUGAACACAGCUGCCCUCACUGAGGGACAGAGAGUCCCGACUUCCACAGUCCCAGAGCCUUGCAUUUAUUCCACUGUGGCUUUGCCUUGAGGGAGGAUUAGAGAGGCCCAUCACCCCAAAAAGGGACUGGAGCUUCGGAGGAAGAGAAGAUCAAAGAGGGAUGAGGGAAAGAAGUGAAUUGGGAAUUCAAACACCUGAAUUGGAGUAAAAAGCUCUGGAAAUGGAUUCUCAAGCCAAAAUCCCUCCCUCUUUGACCCCACUGCCCCCAGGGGGAACAUCGGACACACGGGCCACAUGCAUCCCUCAGGUCCCAUGGCACCUGGCCUGUGGCACCUUCUGUUUAUACCAAUUCUGACUAGGUUUUCUGCUGACUAGAUCAGAACUUCUUAAAACUUUUUCUACUUGUGACCUUGUUUUGCCAAGAAAUUUUAACAUGACCUCAGGUUUAUAGGUACAUGAAAUAGGUCUACAAGCCAAGCAUUCACUGAUAAGAAAUUGUCAUUUUGUGACCCCAUAUUCAGUUAUUCAGACCCCCAUAUGUGGGGCUGCAAACCACAGUUUAAAAAUCUGGGGACCAGAUGACCUUUGCGGUCCCUCCUAAUUCUGAUUAAACUUUGAGUUGUGAAAUACGUCACGUUGGCAGCUAAAGCAUCGUUAACACAAAUGAUUAUUCAGUGAAUGAGCAUCCUUUUUUUUAAUCCUUGUGAUGCUGUCAUUGAAUAAUGAAUAAAUGUUCUGGGGGCCAGUGGGAAAAACACGCUUUGAUGCGCUCCAGUCUAGGAAGCAGCUGAUGAGGGAGAAGGUCCAAAGGGGAUCAGUCCAUUCCACACCUUCCUCCUAUGGGCCACACAGAGGGAGUUUCCUCAGGAACAGCCCCAUGUCUCAGCAGUCAAUCAUCUUUGAUACUCCCAAAUCCAAUGAAGUCUAAACAGUGACUUCCUGUUAUUGUAGCUAGGGGUUAUGCUUCCCCCUUCAACCAUGUUUAAAAAAAGGAACAGCGGUUUCCUGCUCUUGUGGUCCAAUUUGUAGAACUGGCUGUUACUCUAUUUUCUAGUGUUCUGGGCCAGCUCUCCUUGUCUUCCUUCCCCUUGCCCUUUCUGUCAUUUCAUUUUUACUAUUGCAUCCCCCAUUGUUAGCUAGCUAAAGAGAACGUGGUUGUUGUUCUGUCAUGUCUGAGUCUUGGUGAGUCUUCUUGGCAAAGAUUUUGGAGUGUUCCUUCUCCAGCUUAUUUUACAGAUGAGAAAACUGAGACAAACAGGAUAAAAUGACUUGUUCAGGGUCAUGCAGGUAGGAAGUCUGAAACUGGAUUAGAACUCAUGGAGAUGAGCUGUCCUAGAUCGAAGCCCAGUGCUCUAUCUACUAUGUCAUCUAGCUACCCUAAACUUUGCUUACUGACCUUAAUUGAUGUGAUUCUUUAUUUGGGUGACAGAAGUUAGGGAGCAAAAAGAGAGGCUGGAUAAUGUGGGAGAUUGCUAUGAGAGAGGGUCAAAGGCUAGGAGGACCCUUUAAUCUCCCUCUCUCCCUCCCCCUCUUUCUUUUUCUCUCUCUUCCUCUCUCCUCUUCCUCCCGCCCCCCCCCCCCCAAUGUAACUGGAUUUGUAGGAAGCAGAAAGCAAGCUUGCUCAGUGGGAACAUGGAGAGUGAAAGGAAAGCUUUGCUUGGGAGGCUCUGGUUAGGCUACAUCUGAAAUACUGGGUUCAGGUUUGGGCACCCCACUCCAGGAAAAGAAUCGGGCAGCUGGUAAGCUUACAAAGUUAGGGCCAGAAUGUUGAAGGGCCAUUGGGAACUAGUGGAAAAACUUGGGGAUGUGUAGACUGGAGAAGACAUUCCUUGGAGGAGUUUCACACAAGCAUCUUAAGUUAUUUGAAAUUAUAAUCAUUUAUUUGCCUUUAAUUAAGCUUCUCCAGGGUGCCAGGACCUGGGCUGAAUGAUGGGGGACACAGAGACAAAUGACAGCUGUCUUUGCCCUCUAAGAGCUCCUACUAUAUUGGGAGAAAAAACACGCUGAUAAGUACUGUGCAUAGUAAUGGCGGAAGGCACUCAAAACUCAGGGUGUCAGAGAAAUAUCUUGCAUUUGAUGAGAGUAUACUGUACAAAGUGUCCGGCUCUUGACUGACUCCCAAAAGCAGCAGCAUGUAUUAAGAGGCAGAGAUAAGGGAGGAGGAGUGGAGCCUAUAAAAGGGCAUGGAUACAUUAGAUUAAAUGUCACACACAGGGAGAAACCAGUAAGCAUUACAGCAAAAAGUGUGUGAAGAGGAGAGUGUGUAACUAACUAUUCUGGACAGACAAAUUGAAGACAGAUAAUAAAAGAUUUUCCAUGA